UAUGACAUUGCACUUAAGAAAAAGCGUCGCACUUGAUGAAUGAUAUAAGUGCAGUGAUGUCAUUGCUUUUGACCUUGUGAUAUGUUAGAACGACGCCCUAUUGUAACGUAGAACAAUGGCUCAUAAUGAAAAAGUAUCCAAAAACAGUAUGAAUUGCAGUCAUGAUACUUGCUGUGAAAAAAGUCAAUGUGAAGCAGAUAAAGACAAAAAUCCCGUUGAUGAUUCAAAAUUUGAUCCCACUGAACAUCAACAUAUUCGAUACAAUCCUUUAAAGGGUGAAUGGGUUCUUGUAUCCCCACAUCGUAUGAAACGGCCAUGGGGUGGUCAAGUAGAAAGUAAUACGGAUGACGAUCCCCCUGAUUAUGAUCCCCACAAUCCUUUAUGUCCUGGAAAUAUCAGAGCUAAUGGACAGCUCACACCAUCUUAUGAACAUACAUUUUCUUUUGUUAAUGAUUUUCCUGCCCUUUUGGAAUCGGUUCCUGAUCCACCAAGCUCAACCGAUGAAUUAUUCAAAAUGGAAGCUGCACGGGGCACCUGCAAAGUUAUGUGCUUUCAUCCUAAAUCUAAUGUUACAAUUGCUUUGAUGAAAGUUAAUGAAAUUAAAAAAGUAAUUGAACAGUGGAUUUGUGAAAUGCUUGAAUUGGGUCAGAAAUGGAUUUGGGUACAAAUAUUUGAGAAUCGUGGGGCAAUUAUGGGAUGCAGCAAUGCUCACCCUCAUUGUCAAAUAUGGGCCAGUUCUUUUUUACCUUUUGAAGCUAAAAGAAAAGAUAAGUUACUUUGUGACUAUUAUAGUCGUAACAAGAAGCCACUUCUCAUUGACUACAUGCAAAAAGAAAUAAUUAAAAAGGAGCGUAUUGUGAUUGAUAACUGUGAUUGGAUAGUUGUUGUUCCAUUUUGGGCUGUAUGGCCUUAUGAAACAAUGGUGCUUCCUAAACAACAAGUAACGAGAAUGCAAGAUUUGACUCCAAGGCAACAAGAAUCAUUAGCUGUUAUAAUGAAAAGGCUGUGCACAAAAUAUGAUAAUUUAUUUAAUUGCUCAUUCCCUUACUCUAUGGGUUGGCAUGGUGCUCCAACUGGUCCAAACUUAAACAAUGACUUUAGAUACUGGACAUUUCACGGAAUUUAUUUACCUCCUCUAUUACGAUCAGCAACAGUGAAAAAGCAUAUGGUUGGGUAUGAACUCUUAGCUCAAGUUCAGAGAGAUUUAACACCCGAGCAAGCAGCUAAGAAAUUAAGAGAUUUACCAAACACUCACUAUAAACAUCCUGAAACAAGUUUAUUGCCCGACGAAAUAAUGAAGUACUGUGACUGUAAUCCAUCUCAUGUAUAAUAUAAACUUGAGUAGAUAAUUACCAAAGAUGAUAUAAUAUAUUAUACAUUCAGAGAAACUAUUCAAGGGAGUUAUCGAUUCAGAGGCCAGAAUAAAAUCUAAUAAAAAUCCAAUGUUAACAAAAAAGGCCUAAGUUAAUUUAUUAUCGAAUAAUAAAUGCAUUAUUUCACUUUU